GCGAACGUGUAUUUGUUUGUCAGCGUGUUCUGAUCCUUCUGAAUAAAUUCCUCCGGAGGAAGCUAUAAUGGGACUACCAGAGUAUAACCACAGGGCGUUGACCAUGCUGCAGAACCAUAAGGAGAACAUUGAUCUGGACGAGGUGAGGGUAAUACACUACUGCACUCCUGAGCUGAAGCCGUGGAGGUUCACUCCAACAGGGGUGAAUGUGGACAUUGAACUGGUGAAGAAGCUUAAGGAUAAGUGGCUGUGUAUUUUCCAUGAUGAGUCGCUUAAACCUAAUAAGAAACAAAAACCAAUGGAGAUGAAGAUAGAAAUCUAAAGGUCAACUGGUCAAGAAGAGUAGCAUUCGGGCAAAAGAGAGUCAAGGACUAAGAUGUUGUUCCUCGAACAUUCUUCUUGACUAGUGUCACUGUUGUGUUUCAAUUACAAAAUUAAAAAUCAAAUGUGGAUUUUUUA